AUGGAAAGCGCAUACGAAAAGUUCUACUCCGAACAGGACGACGUCCUCGAUUGGACUAAGGAAGCACAGGGCGUCAUCCAGGAUAUCGUCCGCCACGUAAAGGAAGCGCAAAUUUCCAACCAGCUCCCGACCACCGACUCCGAAGCCUACAUCAAUCUGCGCACGCUGGAAGGGACGGAAGUGUGCAUCAAACUGAACCGGGAAGGUCUCCGGAUUGUGGGCGAUCGGUUCGACUGCGUGGACCAUCAGUUGUUGGGCGAUGAAUGCUUUGAGACACCGUACUCGCUGCUGUCGCAUGUAAGUCCGGCCUAUGUGGAAUCGUUUGGAAGCUGCCUGGCGGAUGCCCUCAGCAAACAGAUUCAGGAACGGAUGGUAGGAAACGGUGCCCAGGCGGAAGACGAAAAGGUCGAAGGGGCAGAUUAGGACAAAAGAGUGUUGUUUGUUAGAUAUUUUCAAUCCAUAUUUACUGCUGGUAGUAUAAUUUUGUUUAGUAAUGUUAGGCGUGACGAUUUUCUCGAAUAAGCAUGAUAUAUUAGGCUGUUUCAGUGGAAACAAUGUUCGAAAAGUCAAGAAGAAAAAUAUGGCUAUUUAUAACAUUUUUGUUGAACAUAUUAAUUUUCUUAAAAAAGUAUCGUCAGAUCGACUUAUGAAAUUUUAUUAUUUUUGUUGAAAAUUCAUAUUGUGACGUUUUGGUUUCUAAAGCCUAUUAUUUUUCUAUUUUUUAUUUAUUUUUCCAAUAGUUUUUUUGAGCAUGUGCUGUAAUAUUUUAGAAAGUUAAUAU